AUGACCUUCAUUCAUGGUCAUCUUCCUCUUGCUGUUUCUUCUCAAACUCACACUAACACCAUUCCCAAAUUACCAAACCUCACACCCAAAUUCAUUCCAAAUCUCUUCUCUCUAGCCAUUGCCAUAACAUUAACCUCUCCUCUACCUUCUCAUGCAAUCCCUUCCCUCAAUUCUUCUAAACCCCCUCCAAUCUCUCUCACCACCCCCUUUUCUCAAUCAAAGAGCUUGCAACUUGGACUAGAAAAUGGAAAAAUUCGGCCUUGUCCAUCGACCAAUCCGGGUUGUGUAUCAACAAAUCCUAAGUCAUCGUCUUUUGAUUUUCCUUGGACGAUUCCAGAAAAUUCAGUGGAUAAUGCUAUCCAGAGAUUACGUGAAGCAAUUCUAGAGACUCAGAAAAACGUCAAAUUUCAGCCCGUGGAAGAUACUCCAAAUGGGCAAUAUCUGCAAGCUGAAGUUGAUGGAAAAUUCGAUAGAGAUGUACUUGAGUUUCUGGUGAAAGGUGAUGUGGUUGCUUACAGGUGUAUGGCAGCAAAAGUAACUUAUGUAUACCCUUUCACUACUGCAUUUGGAGAUUCAAAGGGUCAAGAAGCAAGACUCAAGCAAAUUAAUGACCAAUUGGGCUGGUAUUCUCCCAGUUUUGAUUCCAUGGAGUAG